GCGGAAGCGUGUCACAAAGCCGGCCGUCGAAUCCUAGCGGAAACUCGUCACGUCGCAGUUGCCCCCGCACGGCGGAUGUGUGUCGCCGCGUAGGUGACGCUGGGAAGUGCUCGCAGCCUCUGCUGCUGCCUUCUGGUUGUAGCACUAUGGAGGGAGAGAGGAAGAACAGCAACAAGCGGUGGUAUUUUACUCGAGAACAGCUGGAGAACAGCCCAUCCCGCCGGUGUGGCCUGGACCCCGAUAAGGAACUUUCUUAUCGCCAGCAGGCGGCCAAUCUGCUUCAGGACAUGGGUCAACGUCUUUUCGUCUCGCAACUGACCAUCAACACCGCUAUAGUAUAUGUGCAUCGAUUCUACAUGAUCCAAUCCUUCACUCAGUUUCAUCGAAAUUCUGUGGCUCCAGCAGCCUUGUUUCUGGCAGCUAAAGUAGAAGAACAGCCAAAAAAAUUGGAACAUGUCAUCAAGGUGGCACAUACUUGUCUCCGUCCACAGGAGUCACUUCCUGAUACCAGAAGUGAGGCUUACUUACAACAAGUUCAAGAUCUGGUGAUUUUAGAAAGCAUAAUUUUGCAAACUUUAGGCUUUGAACUAACGAUAGAUCACCCACAUACACAUGUGGUCAAGUGCACUCAGCUUGUUCGAGCAAGCAAGGACUUAGCACAGACGUCUUACUUCAUGGCAACUAACAGCCUGCAUUUGACCACAUUUAGCCUGCAGUACACACCUCCUGUGGUGGCCUGUGUCUGCAUUCACCUGGCUUGCAAGUGGUCCAACUGGGAGAUCCCAGUCUCAACUGAUGGGAAGCACUGGUGGGAGUAUGUUGACGCCACUGUGACCCUGGAACUUUUAGAUGAACUGACACACGAAUUUCUACAGAUUCUGGAGAAAACUCCCAGCAGGCUCAAACGUAUUCGGAAUUGGAGGGCAUGCCAAGCUGCCAAUAAAACAAAAGCAGAUGACCGAGGAGCAGAUGAAAACACUUCAGAGCAGACAAUUCUAAACAUGAUUUCCCAAAGCUCUUCAGAUACAACUAUUGCAGGUUUAAUGAGUAUGUCAGCGUCUUCUACCACAAGUGUAGUGCCUUCCCUUCCGGUAUCUGAAGAGUCAUCUAGCAACUUAACCAGCGUGGAGAUGUUGCAGGGCGAGCGUUGGCUGUCCUCCCAACCUCCUUUUAAACUAGAACCUGCUCAGGGUCAUCGGACUAGUGACAAUGUAGCACUUAUAGGAGUUGAUCAUUCCUUGCAACAGGACAGUUCAAAUACAUUCAUUUCCCAGAAACAAAGUAGUAAGAAUGUGCCAUCAGCUAAAGUGUCGCUGAAGGAAUACCGUGCCAAGCAUGCAGAAGAGUUGGCAGCUCAGAAGAGGCAACUGGAGAACAUGGAGGCCAACGUGAAGUCACAGUAUGCGUUUGCUGCCCAGAAUCUGUUGUCUCACCAUGAUAGCCAUUCUUCAGUCAUUCUGAAGAUGCCUGUGGAAGGCUUAGAGAACCCUGAGCGGUCUUUUCUGGAAAAGGCUGACAAAACAGCUCUCAAAAUGAGACUACCAGUGGCAAGUGGAGAUAAAGCUGCCUCUUCGAAACCAGAGGAGAUUAAAAUGCGCAUUAAAGUCCAUGCUGCCACUGAUAAGCACAAUUCUGUAGAGGACAGCAUUACAAAAAGCCGAGAGCACAAAGAAAAGCACAAGACUCACCCAUCUAAUCAUCACCAUCAUCACAAUCACCACUCUCAUAAGCACUCUCACUCACAGCUUCCAGCUGGUACUGGGAACAAACGUCCAGGUGACCCAAAACACAGUAGCCAGUCAAGCACCUUACCACAUAAAACCUAUAGCUUGUCUAGUUCUUUUUCCUCUUCUAGUUCUAGUCGUAAAAGAGGCCCUUCUGAAGAGACGGGGGCAGUGUUUGAUCAUCCAGCCAAGGUUGCCAAGAGUACUAAAUCAUCUUCCAUAAAUUUCUCCUUCCCUCCUCUUCCUGCGAUGGCCCAACUGCCUGGGCAUAGCUCAGACACAAGUGGCCUUCCCUUCUCACAGCCCAGCUGUAAAACUCGAGUUCCUCAUAUGAAACUGGAUAAAGGCCCUACUGGGGCCAAUGGACACAAUACAGCUCAGACAAUAGACUAUCAAGAUACUGUGAAUAUGCUUAACUCCCUGCUUAGUGCCCAGGGUGUUCAGCCUGCGCAACCCCCAUUUGAAUUUGUGCAUUCUUAUGGUGAAUAUCUGAAUCCACGAGCUAGUGGAAUAUCCUCCAGAGCUGGCAAUACAGACAAACCCCGGCCACCACCUCUGCCAUCGGAACCUCCUCCACCACUUCCACCGCUUCCUAAGUAAAGAAGGAAAAAGGAGGAAAAAAACUUGUUUCAAAAACAUGCUUUUUUUUUUUUUUUUUUUCUCUACUACUGAUUCUGGACUAAGAAAAUUACUUCCCUUAUGAAAUAUGUCAGCCUUCUUUGACUAGGGAAUAAAUUGAUAUUGAGAAGUAGGUGGGAAGGUGGUGGGUGGCCUUGGUUAUUAUAUGUGCUGCCUCCUACGUUUUCACUAUUUCAUUCUAGUUUUUACUGGUAUAAGAGGGGUGGGAAUGUGUUCAAGCUGUGAAGGAUUAAGAACACUUUCUCCAUUCUUGGCCUCUCCACUUCCUGAUUAGGUUGAUUGGAGUUGAUAUCUUCCCUCUUCUUGCCAGAACUGAAAUAUGGAAAGUUUGUUUUAUCAAGCAAUUGUGGAUCCUUUUGGUGUUUAAUAUAUCAGAAGAGAGGGAGUAUUUAAACAUCAAAAUCUUUUAAAAGACUUUUAAAUAAUUUAAAGAAAGUAAGUUAUCUUUAGUUUUUUUAUAUAAUUGGGGAGGGGAUUGAGAUUUUGCUGUGUGUAAGAGAUACAUAGCAGUAACUCUUGCGGGGUGGGAUUGGAGGGUGGGAAUGUGUUCAGGGUGGGUGGGAGGGUAGGCUUUUGGCUAAGAGUUCUGAAAUAGGCUCAGGCCAUUUGAAGUGUUGAAACCUUUAAGUACGUCUGCAAGUGUGAGUAUGUGUGUGUUUUAAGUGUGUGUGUCUGAAAAUCAUGUUUGAUCUUUCCCUCCCUUUCCCUUACCACUUUUCACUUACCAACAGUCUACUACUAGAGAGAACAGGGCUGGCCUUGGGAUCCUAAAGGAAAGAUGAUGCCUUUAUCUGACAGGCUGUUUCUUCCUUUAUGUUGCAAUUGAGCAGUAUUCCUCUUAUUUCUAUUUUCCGUAAGUGCAGCCGGUGGCUUGACUGUUAGCUACAUACUGAAAACUUUGUUUUCACCCCAUUUUUCAUUUUGAUGCAGAACAAAAAAUAGGGUUGAGGAAGGUUGGGCAAGCAGGGCCAGCUUCUGCCCUAUAGAAUUGGGUGUGUCUUUUUUUCAGAUAGGGCUUUGGGAAAGGUUCAGGUAAGAACAGUUGCAGGGUCUCCGGAAGGAAGGAGAUGUGCGAUAUAUAUCCCUCAAGUGAAAGCCCAGACCAUAUAUGAGAGUAGUUCUGGGAGAAGCUGUAGAGCCAGAGGAUAUUAAAAGCAAUGAAAUUGUGAUUCAGAAUUUUUAGAGUGUUACAUCUUAAAAUGCAUUAUGAAUGUAAGACUUGCUUUUUAUUUGUGUAUCUGAAGGGAAACAGCUUCAUCCUAAUGUUUUGUAGCCAAUAUGACUUCAGAGGUUGGAGCUUGUGAAUUAUUUAAGAGUACUGGUGCCAUGAGAAUGAGUGAACUUUGCUAACAGGUCGCUGUUAGGUAUAGUUUGUGGUGGCUGUAGAUUCUAGACAGGCUUGUAAGGAUAUUUCUAACAGUUUUUCUUAAACAGGCCAGGAGUGCUGUUACGAGAACUCCGUUAACACCAGAUACUAGGAGUGAACAGUUUUGAUCAUGAAGGAAAUCUUGGCUAGAAAGAAUUCGAGACCAAGCUGUCUAACUGAAAGCGCCACCUACCUACAGAUAAUUUGAUGGCAUAUUCUUUGGUCUUCGUGAGAUUUCUUCUUGUGGUGAAAAAGGUGGUACUGUUUGAAUUUAUCAUUUUUAAUGCAGCUUCCUGUGUGCCAAAUAGUUUGUAGGGAGAAACUAAAUUAUUUUCAUUGGAAGUUAUGGGGCAGAUGGAAGUUAUGCAUGCACUGCUGCUCUAGGAUCAGGCUGGGGGAAGAAACGGAGGCAAGAGGGAUCGAUGAUACGCUGGCCUAAUGUGGGAAGCAGUUUGUAGGAAGGUGGAUUAGCGUCCUGCAUCUCUGUACUUGCCUGCUAUUGCUGUGUAAGAUAAGGAGCUCUCUGCUGACUGUAAACAGUAAUACUUGGAGUGUCAUUUCACUUUAAUAGAUGAUAAUUUCCUCUUUCUUGAUGUUCUCUGUGUUGUGCCAGGUAAACUGGUAACUGUGUGGUUGUGUUUGCGAAAUUUUAGGCUUUCCUUUAGCUUUCUUUAGGUGGAAUGCGCUUUCCUUCCCGAUCUCCUGAAAGGGAAUGCGACGUUUAGUUUACAUGUGUAUCUUUGUGGAAUUGAUAGUUGCUGAUUUGGUUGUGUUUUAAUUAUUCUCAUCAAAUGUCACAUAUUUCCUAAUCACGUGCACUCCCUCCCCACAGAGGCACAUAUCCAUCAGCAUACUCCUUGGUCUCACAGUAGUACUCCUUGACAGGACUGUAGUUAAUUUUCUUAGACCUUUGUCAGAAAUGAACUAGAAAAAAAGUGCUUAUUCAGGUCUAAUGCUUUGUUUGGCCUUUGCACUAAAUAGAUCAUUGCUGAAAUAGGUCUGUUUUGUGACAUUUGUGUUUUAAUGCCUACUGGUACUAUCUUGACAUAACCAACAAUGUCUGUCUGUAGAUUUACAUGUUUUGAAACUCCUUGUGGACUCUCCAUGAAGCUGCUGCAUUAUCUUUGGGUUAGCAUAUGUGCAUGUCAAUUAGCGUGCAUAUCAUCCACAUUCCAUAAACUUAAUAAGGUUUCUAAGGGUUGUGUGGUUUCUAAGCUCUGUGUCUUCCCUACCUUCCCACCUUCAUAUGGUGAGAAUGGGAUUUAUUUAGCCAAAGUUAGUCUACUAAACAUGGCUUUUUGUUUCUUCUUUGAGCCUGUUAAGAAAGUGAUGAUAAACAGGCCUAGAGCCUCAAGUUCUGUAAAUCUCAUUCCUAAUACUUCGUUUGACUCUCAUGUUGGAAAAAACAAAUACCUGUGGAUUGUCCUUAGGGCUUUUAAUCAGAUAUCUGUGUUGCUGUUAGCUGAACUCUAGUGAAGCAUGAAUCGAAAGCCAAUUUCAUCUUCUGACGUUAUCAGUUAUGCUUCUUGGGUUUAGAAAAUUCUUAGGUGGUAGUCUAGUGUUUCCACUCAUGAAUCAAUGUGUUUCCAUAUUUCAGAUCCUUCCUUUUCACAUAAAAAAUCAUCUUAAGUGUUUUAUUUAGUGUAUCCUAUAUAGUUCUGUAUAAUUGGCUUCACCAGUGUUGAUAGAAAAAAAAUUUCAAUCUCCAGUUGCAAACAGCAAUGGGCUAAAUUGUAGAAAUAAAAUCAUGGUAAUAUCGCUGCUGGGUUUCUUUAAGCCUCUGCUACCUAAUUCCUCAUAUUGAAAAUGGAUCCUUCUCAAACCUUACUUGUGGACAAAGGCAUUUAGGGAGGCCAUAUCUAUCCCAGUAUAGUUGAACUUCAAAUAUAUCUGUGUUUCCUUUACUUUGGGAACUGAUUAAUCUUUUUUUAAAUUUUCUAUUGAUGAGUUACUUUGAUACUAAUACUAGGAAAAGGGAGUAUCUAGGACAUAUAGAAGUUUGAAUACGAGUAUUCUCUUGGGUUUGGGAGAGCUUAGUCUGCGCAAGCCAUCAGAUGGUGACAAAUAGCCUUCUGCAGUCCCACUAAUCUUUCAGUGACUUUAAUGUCUCUCCAGAUUUCCUGUGUUGCUUGCUAACACCCGGCUUUUAACUGAGUGUUUGUUUCUGAUGGUUUAGGAAAUGUUCAUGUUGCCUCACAGUCAAGUUUUAUUUUACCUUUUUAUCUGUGAACGUUGAGUUUGAAAUCAUCACAGUACUGUAAUCCUUCCUUACAGAGUAAUCUGCAAAGAAUUAUUUUUUAAGUGGGAGCGCUCCAUUUUAAUGUCUAAAUUUUUAACUAUGAACUUGGCAUUGGAAAAGGGAGGGAAAGAAAAAGAAUGUUCAUUAAAAAAGCAGUGUCUACUCUUCUCCUUUAUGAGUGUGUAUUCAUGAUUGAAUGGAAAGAAGAGAAAGACUCGGGUUUUGUGUUGCCACGUGGAAGCGUGGAGAGGGAUGCUUGACAGCAUGCGAAUUGAAGCCAGAGCAAGUAUGUCUCCAUCAAGAACUCUUCGGUUGAAAGCUGAGUAACUAGAACUGAUUAGUCGUUGAUCAUAAUGAAUUGGUUACAAAGUGAAAGUGCUAGUUGGCUGAAGUACCCAAAGAAAAGAAUACAACAGCCUAACUUAGUGUUAACCGAGAUUUCUAACUUGAAACUGACCUUUUCCCCAGUCCUACUUCAUAUACCUGAACCUGUCCAUUUUCUUAUCAGACCAAAGAGCAAAAAGGAAAAAAACAAAAACAAAAAGUAAAACACUUUACCAAUCUACGUCACUCAGGUACAAUUUUGUGGUGAGAUUUUGUGUUUUCUUUGUAUAGCUCUUAAGAGUCCUUUGUCAGCAAAUUAUGUGCUGUUGCCUCUGUCCUCCUUGGGGCACCUCAAUUCUGGAUGCUACCCCUGGGAUCUCUACUGCUGUUAAGUGAAUGAUAGGACGUAAGUGACCAUUGUAAUAAUAAGGGCUCUUUGUAAAAAAAAAAAUUAAAAAUUUAAAAAAAUUUUAAAAAGGAUAUUGUAUACAUUUUAUAGUCUGGCUAUCAGUUUGAUAUCUUGCUGUCAAGUAUGUUUCUCUCUGUAUUUAUCCAUCCCAUCAAUAAAUAUUACUGAUAAAACACUUA